AUGCCKAGUUAUGCCAAGUUUCUGAAGGACAUCCUAAGCAAGAAGAAGAAGUUGACUGAAUAUGAGACAGUAGCCCUAACCGAAGGAUGUAGUGCGUUUUUGACCAAUAACAUACCCCCUAAGCUAAAAGAUCCAGGGAGUUUUACCAUUCAUUGUUCAAUAGGAGGGAAGGAGAUAGGGAAAGCCCUAUGUGACUUAGGAGCUAGUAUCAACCUUAUGCCCUUGUCUGUUUUCAACACCCUAGGCAUAAGAGAAACUAGACUGACCACAGUCACACUCCAAUUGGCCAACAAGUCCAUAGCAUAUCCUAAAGGGAAAAUUGAAGAUGUUUUGGUACAAGUUGACAAGUUCAUAUUUCCGGCGGACUUUAUCAUUCUAGAUUUUGAGGCGGAUAAUGACAUUGACCAUUUCUAG